AUGGAAAGUUCAAAUAUAGGAGAAUAUAAUUAGGGAAACUAUUCAAAAUGGAUUGAUAGAUUCCAAUUAUAAAUUUAAUUGUUAUGGUUUACUUAAAAUGAAGGAAAGAAUCAAUCGAAUUUACUAGACAUUAUGACAUAGGAGUAUAUCAAAUUUAGUAGUGAUAAAAUUAAUGAAUAAAUUGAAUUGAUUACUAGACUCAUGUAGUAAAGAUCAUCUCUUGUUAAUUCGAUUUUGGAUAAAAAUUUAGAAUAGCAAAACUAAUUAUUAAGUUCUUAACAACACUGCACAGAAGUAAUAAUAAAGAAAUAUGAAUAAUUCUUGGAAGAUUUAAUUCAUUUUAGUAGAUAAUUUAAAAAUAGAGAAGAAUUGAUAGAAUUUAAAAGAGCUCAUGAUGAAUAUUAUAAGGAAAUGAAUGAAUUUAAAACUGCCAUAAUGAAAAAUUUGAGAUAUUAUUAAGGAAAGAUAGAUAAUAAGUCAAGGUUAAGGAAGGUCAUUCGUAGUGCAAUUAAUAAAGUACUUUAGAAAAAGGGGAUAGAUAAGAAUUUAUCAGAGAUGUUAGUGAAAUAUGAAUGUAUGAUAGAGAAGCAUGAAGUGGCAAUAGAUAAGAAAGACUUAAAAUUAUUUAAACUUGAUUAAGAAAUGAUUAAAUUAAAAAAAGAAUAGGGAACAAUAGAAGAAUAAAAGAAUUUAGCUUAAAUUCAAUUAUUAAGUGAAAAAAGUAAUAAUGAGAAGUGGAAGUAGAGUGAAUAAAAAUUAUUGGAUAAAUAGAGAAAGUAAUAGGAUUAAGUAAAUGUAUUGAAUUUCAAUUUAAAUUUAUUUUGCUAAGAUUUAUAUCGUAAAUUUACUCCUAGAUUAUUAAAAUUGUAUGAAUAUAAAUUGUUAAAUGUACAUUAGAAACAUUUUAGGAAAGAAUUACCUUAAAGUGUUAUAAUAUCUCAUGAUGGAGAUUAUGCAAUAUCUAGUGUAAGUCAAGAAUAAUUAUUAUUAUGGAAAGUGAAUGAAGAAAAAAAGGAUUGGUAAUUAGAAAGUUAAUUAAAAUAAGUAGAUCAAAUUUUAUGUUUAUGUUUUUAUGAUGAAAAAGGUUCAUUUUUUGCUGGUUGUGAAAAUGGAUCAAUAGUUUAUUGGUAUAGAAAUGAUUAAAAAUGGACACCUUAUAUUUAGACAUAACAACAUUAAAGAGGAGUUAAUUUUAUAUAAGGAGAUUAAAAAAAUGGUUAAAUGGUAUCUGUUAGUGAUGAUUGUACAAUAAAAAUUUGGAUUUAAAAAGAAGAUGAAAUGAUUUGGGAAGUUAAAUACACUUUAUAAGGUCAUUAAUCUGGAAUUUAAACAGUUUAAUUUAAUAGAAAUUCUAAUGUUAUUGGAAGUGGAGGAUUCGAUAAAACAAUAAUAUUAUGGAAUUAUAAGAAUUAAGAAUGGAUUCAAAAUCAAAUACUGAAAGGACAUAAAGGCAGUAUAACAACAUUAUGUUUUAGUAAAUUAAAGGAUGUUUUAGUUUCUGGUAGUUAGGAUUGUUUUGUUAGAAUAUGGGAAAUGGAAUAGAAUUAAUUAUAUAAGAAAAUAUAGACUUUGGAUGGUCAUAAAGCUUCUAUUACUUCUGUGAUAUUUAAUUCAGAUUCAUCCAUUUUAUUUACUGGUAGUAAGGAUUGCACAAUUAAAUUUUGGAGAUAGAAUAUGUCAAAUAAAUGGGUUUUGCAUAGAGAAUUCUAAUAGAAUUAUAUGAUUAGUUAGAUUUCAAUAAGUAACAAUAAUUUUAAUAUAAUUGUUGGUGGUUUUGGUGGAGAAACUACAUUUUAUUAAUCUUAAGAUAAUUGGGGAUGA